AAUGAGUGUGUCGAGUAUUUGUAUUAUUCUAAGCAUUUGUUUGCUGGGCGUGUAUGGAGAUGAUGUGGCUAAAAAGGAAACUGCAAAGAACACAACAUGGAAGGAAACCGGGAUAUGCAGAAAGUGUGUUUGCAAAGACGACAAAAUAGACUGCUUCGAUCAGAGUAUCGAUAAGUUUUUUACUAAACAGGAGUGGAGCGAUGUAAAAGAAUUCAAGCCAAAGACAGUAGACCUAAGUGACAAUAGUUUCACCAAUGUGACAGCCAUAGCAACUCUACCCAUAGAGAUAUUAAAUCUAUCUAGAUGUGCCAUAGAGUUUAUAGAAAAUGCCAGUUUUAAAGAACUACAGAAUAUGCGUGUUUUGGACUUGAGUCAUAAUAAAUUGACGUCGGCUAAACUUAGUCCGCAUGCUUUUGAGGGUCGUUUCUCCCCAGAAGAAUAUGAACCACUCGCAGCCAUGCGAACUCUAAGCCUCGCUUAUAACGAUUUACACUCUUUGAACCAAGAUCUAUUCGAACAUUUGCCAGAACUCACUGAGUUGGAUCUGAGUGGGAACCCACUCACGACUAUAGACCAUGUUACUGUUAUUGCUAUAUCGAGUUUGCCUAUGUUGAAGGUCCUACGCAUGCGUUCUUGCCAACUAACAGAGAUUCCAGACAAAUUCCUUCAUACGCCUAGAUAUUUGGAGAAUCUAGAUCUCAGUGAUAAUAAGAUGAAAGCCGUGCCUUUAGAACUAGAGGAAACUAAGAAUUUACUAUAUUUGAACUUGAACCAAAACCCGAUAAGGGAAUUGGACGCGGGUAGUGAGGACAAUCCCGGCUUUCCCCGUCUCCGUAAACUAAAAGAACUUCACAUGUGCAAUAUGAUGGAAUUAACUAAAAUUGGUGCAAGUGCAUUGGCCGGUUUGGAAAAUAUCGAAAAGCUACAUAUGAGCUUUAAUCCUAAACUAUCGUUUGUUGAUCCAAAAGCUUUGGCACGGCCUGAUGAUAUUGGGGAGAAUUAUGACUGGCCACUUGUUAAGGAGUUAUAUCUCCAAUCAAAUAACUUAACAGAGAUAGACACCCGUCUCCUCUCGCGAUGGGACUUGCUCCAACAUCUGGAUGUAUCCAACAAUCCAUACUUAUGUGAUUGUUCCACACAAUGGAUGGUCGAUAUGUUGGUGCCGAUUGUUGAUGCCAAAGGAACAGUUAAUUCUAGUGAGAAGAUGGUAUGUCAAGAGCCAAUAGAAAUGAGGGGCUACACUAUGAAACAUUUGCACGAUAUUCACAGAACGAUGCGUUGUGUUGACAAAUACGGAAACAGGCCUGAGAGAGAUGGCGCUAUACUGUUGGGGACACUUAUUGGUGUUCUUCUAGCAGUACCAAUAAUGUUCGGUCUCAUGAUGCUCUGGAGACACGGUUAUUUCGCAACUUGUGGCCUCCGGGGCCCUGUGGAUGUGUCUAGGGCCUUUUAUAAACGGGCCCCUGCUGAUGAUAAUUAUAUUUAGGGAUUUUUUUACAUUUUUUUGUGUUUUUGUGUGAUUUUUUUAUUGUAUUGUACAAUAUUGAAAUGUGGAAAUAAUAUAAUUAUAUGU